AUAAUUGUUCUCCUCAUCUGCCCACUUGAGAAAUUGGUAUAAAAUAGUGAAACGACGACCGUUCCCCACUUUUGGCUGAACCAUGUUCAAACUAGUAUUGAUUUCGGCGCUUUUCGCUCUUGCGGCUGCAAGGCCCAACCGUCCAGAACUUCCUCAGUUAGAUGGAAGAAUUGUAGGCGGAUACGAUGUCAACAUUGAAGAUCAUCCCUAUCAAAUUUCCCUACAGGUUUGGGGAACCCACAUCUGCGGGGGAUCUAUAAUUGCAUCCGAUCUAAUUUUGACAGCCGCACAUUGCACCAUCAAGUACCAAGCUGGAGAUAUGAGUAUUCGCUACGGCAGCAGCAUAAGGAACCAAGCAGGCACCGAAGUGCAAGUGAAGGAAAAGGAUGAACACCCCAACUACAAUCCAUCCACAAUGGACUACGACGUAACAAUUUUGGUUCUCCGUAACCACAUUAAAAUGUCCGCAAGUGCCCGAGUGGUCUCACUCGCUUCCGCCGGUUCAUCAGAGGGAGGUCGUGUCGCCAUAGUAUCAGGAUGGGGCGCACUUUCAUCCGGUGGCUCAUCGCCUUUACAAUUGCAGGCAGUUAAGGUUCGCGAGGUUGAUAGAAGAGAUUGCGACAGUGACUACGGUGGCGUAAUUACCGACAGAAUGGUAUGCUUCAUGGACACAUACAAAGAUUCGUGCCAGGGUGAUUCCGGUGGCCCACUCGUCUCCAAUGGUGUACAAGUUGGUGUUGUCUCAUGGGGAUGGGGAUGUGCCGAUCCAAGGUACCCAGGUGUUUAUUCUAAUGUUGCUGUACUUAGAGAUUUUAUCGAUGCUUAAUAAUCGUUCUUGUUUGAAUAAGUCACUAUGAAAUAAAUGUGUGCAAAGAUUA